AUGCAAAUCACCAACUUUCUCGUCAUCCUGUCCGCAGUGGCAGUGACCGUCGCCAGCCCCGUGUCUAAUCCAUCCAAGCACGAUAUCGCUGCAGACGGCUUUGACUUUGGACAGGCUUCCGAGAACACCGCCAAUCUCAUGAAGCGUCAAAACCGGUACUGCUACCAGAGUGGUGUCAAGUUUGGCGACAACACAAACUGGGCUUUCGAUCGCGCCGGUCGAUGGUGCUCUGGAAACGGAGGAUCCGGAAAGUACCGUCAGGGUCAGAUAAAGAAGGGCUGCUACAACUAUUGGCAGUCUAACAAGAACUACCACUUCCUUUUUGAGAUGCAGAAUACUCAGCCCAAGGAUUACACGUUGUCAUCGACGGAAUGCCAGAUUUGGCUGCAGCAUAUGAUUGAGAACUGCCGACAGGGAGGCACAAACCAUAACAGCAGAUUCAAGUGGCGUGUUGAUCCCGAAGACGGCCGAUGCGCUUAA